CGUGCACCCUCCAAGGGGUCACACCUCCGUCAAGUCAGUGCGGCUAGUCUGGAAAGCAACUCGCCCAUUCCAUCGCCGCCAGCAGCGACAACAGCAGGAGCAGCCGCAGUCAAGCUAGACAGCAUGCUAUCCGGAGGCCCUUAUCGCCAGACUGCCACUCUUUGGAUCCACGAUGAAGCUUUUUCGAAAGAUGAAUUCCUGUUCAAUAGCUGGGCAUUCCCGGAUUCUGGAAUCAGUCCUGGUGAUAUUAUUGAGAUUGCAUCUGUUGAUUACAACUCUCUCCAUCCGUCAGAAAUUGGGUCAAGGAAACUGCUUAAUGAGAGUAUUAUCGAAAAUGAUGGGAAUGCUAAUCUGGGUCUUCACCCAAAGUUUUCGUCGCGGACUCAGAGCCGAUGUCUCUUUGUAGUAAAGCCUAUGCCUCAAGAGAUCAGGCAGCGACACCCAAAAUUGGAGAUAUCAGUAACGCGCUCCGUUGCUAACAUAUUUGGCUUCAAGAAUGGCUGCCAUGUUAUUAUUUCUCAGGUUGACCGUUCACAAUGCUCGGCAUCUCAUGUUGACAUAUCAUUUCGCGAUCAAUAUCUCGUGCGGGCUGAUAUGUGGAGAUUAGUUACAUCAGAGCUGGUCAACAAGACCAUCUACAAGGGACAAAAAAUCCUGUUCAUGGGGAGUGUCAGAGCAACAGUGAAAAACAUCUUUAUUGGCGGCAAAAAAGCGCUGUCUGGAUACUUUGCUCCCACCACGAUCCCUGUUUUCCGAAGCGAGGCUGCUAGAUAUGUUCUAUUCAUUCAGAUGAGCAAGGAAAUGUGGGAUUUUGAUGCCGAAGGAACUGGCGAUAUCUUAUUCAGCAGGGUCAUCAAUGGAUUUUUACCCGAGCUUUUCAAACGCUGGGCGAAUAUUGACGCAAAACACUUGGUGACUAUUGUACUCUUCACCCGAGUUGAGUAUGAUAUGCCGACGGAGAAGGGAAUGGAGCAUCUGAAAAGCUUGUCUGAUUCCAAUCAUUUUCCUACGCGAGAUUUUUACCGCGUUGUUGUCAACGAUAUAGCCAGCGGGCAUUGGACGGCAAUCCUGGACGAAUUGAAGAGAAACUUCCGCACCUUUUUGAGAGAUGUCUCAAUUCAAAAAUUUAGCGGUACUGCUGACUCCACCAAUGAAGGACAGCCACUGGCGAUAUCAGGUAGGCCUACAGCCGCAAUACGAGGCAACAUUCUUGAGGCUAUUCAUCUGGCCACAUCACAUCUGUCGUACGAGCACAUUGAUCGUGACAUGUCGCGAACCGGCCAUUCGAUUGUUGUGAUUACUCCGGGGUCAGGGCUUUUUGAGGUUUCUUACGAAUCUCUGGCUGCGACUACAGAUGCUGUUACUAGUAUUGGAAUUGCUAUUGAUCUCGUCAGCUUGAGUCCAAUGCCGCUUCAUUCUGUUCCGCUAUUCAAGUACAGAAAUCCCCACGGAAAGCUCAAUGGCUUGAGAACUACAGGAGCCCGUGGUAUGGGAUCUUUGGAUACUCGGUCCUCAAACUCUAGUUUCGCGGGCAAAUCUCCGCCAUUCUCUCUCAAAACUACGCAGAUAAGUGCAUUCGCAAGACCCAUGUCGCGAGAUACACCCCCACCACAUUCAAAACAAUGGAACUAUGGAAUUCCCCAUUGGUUAGAUAUCUCGUUCUGGAAUCCUGCUACUUAUAAAGAGGACCGACGAAUCACAAAAAAUGACAUGAAUGCACCGAUCCCAUUUACCGUCAACAAAAAAUCUCGAUCAUUUGUACCACGGGUGCGACUGUACGAGAUUCAGAUGAUGGGUGUUAUGGAAAGCGAGCAAUCCAAUAUCUCAAUACCUUAUCUGUCGGAAAAGAAUUUCGGCUUUCAGAGGACUGACACCACAAUCUCAGAUGUGUCUUCAAAAGCACUCUUACCCCAUGCUGACAACAAUUCCCUUUCCCCAGUGUCAUCAUAUAAGGCUCAACUUAGUGACAGCCUCAGACCCGAAGGAUUCCUCUCAAGCUUUACAAAUCAUCGAAACAUGAUGAUAAGUAGUCCAGCAACUCAACAGAAGAAAGGAAGCAAUUGGAUGGACGAGUACGAUGACAAUGUCUUUGUUCCUUUCCCCCGGAAGCGCUACGUUCGCAAAUCUGCAAAGGCUAAACGCCUUAUGGAAUCUGAAAAUACGGGGUCUCGAGCACAAGACCGUUUUUCUACACGAUCAAUUUCAAGCUCUAAGGGGCAUGAAGAGCAUGAGCUAGAACGAACAGUAUCCGGGCAAUCAAUUCCCCGCACAAAGGAAAUCAAAUCAUCCUCAAAGCAUACUAAUUCGACACAAGAUCACCCACCUAUAAAGUCAGCAAUAAAAUCUGGCAGAACUCCAAGAAUCUCGCGCUCAAUCAGCUUUGCUCUCCGUGGACUUGGCAUAGCUCCUCCAAGGGCUCAGCCGAGCACUGAAAUAAAUGUGGAACACGCUCAAGGGCGUGCCACGCCAGCUCGAACACCGACUACUACCGAUCCAAUAGUCGACUUUGAAAGUCCUAAAAGGCCCUCAACUUCGACGACGGACGAGAGUUCUUCGGUUCGUAGCAUUCCUCAGUCCCCCCAUCUUUCACCCACGCCGACGAAAUCUGUAGAGAGUGUGGAAAUAGCUCAACCUCGGCCAAUAUUACAGCCACGGCCCAUUUCUCAGUCUCGUCCCAUAUCAAUCAAAAGCAUGAAAAAGAGGUUGCUCAGCGACUCUGGAACGGAUCGCAAUGGCGGAGAGACUACCAUGCCCACAGCUGUAGAGCGGCCUACGACAGCGAGUAUACAUGGAGCUACUCAAGGACCAUUUCCCAUGACAAGGAACUAUAAAAAGCACGAGCCAGUGGGAGCUCGGGAUGCACCUACGGUCAGUUCCUCGCCAGGUAGAACACUUGCUCCUUGGGUAAGGUCAAUUAAUCCAUCCAAUGCUCCAAAGGUUUCUCUUAGAGAUGCAAGUUGGUUUGGUCGUUGGCAACAUGCAUACCCACGCCCGCCAAAUGUUGCUGUUGUUAAGUGGAAAAGCUUAAAGACUCCCGCGAUUCUGCCAUUGACUACAGAGGAGUUUCCUUCUUCAAAAGAACUGGCCGCAAAUUAUCUCCAAACCCCAUAUCGAGUAUUUCCCAACGAAGAUCACGACGGAAAUGAUAUGCCCAGAGCUCAGGAAACGAUAUUACGUGAGAUGGUUGCUUUGAGACUUUCCCAUGGCUUUCAAAUUGUAAUUGGGGGCGCUGUGGCAGAAGCUACUGGUCAGCCAUUUCUCGAAUUUCUGAAUGUCUUCGACACGAAAUGUCUUGGAAAAGAUGAUACCACCAUCAUUCUUUCCAAAGGAAAUAUAAUUCACAGGCUAUCGUGUGUUGCUGGUGGAGAAAUUGAAGUUACGAGAUUCACCCGUCUGUCAGGUAUUUCAGACGUUGACAAAAGCGACUCACCCACCUACACCUUGGCAAUUCGAACAAUUCUGGCCAAGACAUACGAUUUGAGCGACGUAAAGCUUAUUUCAUCCGCUGAAGAGUAUAAUUGGAACUAUGCCGACAAUUAUAUCGCUGGCCACAGAGAUCAUUUGAUAGAUCCAACGCGACAGUUGAGGUUCUGGCGGAUUCGCUUUGUGCUCAUUCCCAUGCACCUCCCACCUAAUGCGAGACGUCACAUACAACCCUUCAGUGAAGACAACGAGGAAGAAAUUCAUUUGCUAGGCAUCAGCCAGUUAACCAGCCUGUGGCAGCGCAAUAAGUAUAUUCCGCCGGACGAGAAACGCUUUCAGUCUUCUGGCCGCAAACAAAAGGAUCAAAAUCCGUUGAAUAUUCUAUAUCAAACUCAAGAUCCCUCCGAAAUCGUUGGGGCUGAGUUUAAUAGGUUGCUAUUAACUGAUCCCCAACUCGACAACCCGCCUGCCCAACUGCUUCCAGAUUCAGAAUUACUCGAAAGAUCUGAUUUUGGCCCCUCUUCUCUCAUGGAAUUGGCGCAUAUUAUCCAAGGUGAAAAGGGUGUGCGUUUGAUGGAUCGGAGAUGGCAUCUACGGUUGCAUUAUAGUUGUCUUAUUGGCUCGGAGUUCACGACAUGGCUUGUGCAAACCUUCCGGGAUAUAGACAGUCGAGACGAGGCCGUGAAGUUCGGAAAUGAGCUCAUGAAGCUUGGUUUAUUCAUUCAUGUUGAGAGAAGGCAUAACUUUAGAGACGGUAACUAUUUCUAUCAAAUUGCCUCGCAAUACCGGAUUCCGCGCCCAGAAUCAAAGAGCGGGUGGUUUCCAGGCCUCUCGUCCAAGUCAGACAACUCCGUCCCUGCUACACCAGUGAACGACGCUAUUAAAGAAUCACCUAAUAUAGAGAGAGUCAGAUCGGAGAGCUCUGAGACCCUCACGUCUAUGAUGGAGACGCCUUCAAAAACGAAAAACAAAGUGACCAUCAUGCUCUCCAAGACGAUGAAAUACGACGUUGAUCCACGCAAGCGCUCUAGCCGGCCCGAAGUCAUCGAUCUCCAUUACGACAGAAUACACAACCCAGAGAACUGUUUCCACAUAGAACUAAGCUGGAUGAGUGCCACUGCCAAAUUAGUUGAAGACGCAGUCGCAUCGUGGGGUUCCACAGCUGAAAAAUACGGAUUGAAACUCGUUCAAGUGCCCAUCGCAGAGGCGGCAGCGACAGUCAAAGUACAAACAUUCAGAAAAUUCUAUCGCGUGAAACUAAGCGUCGUACCCCCAUCACCACCAGUCUCUCUUCCAUUUGGCGCUACAUCCUUUUCACAACAGGGCAAGCCAGACAGGCAUUUCUUCCAGAAAGCCAUCCUUCGAAAAUUCGACUUCGUCUUGGACUUUGAAUCAGCCUCUUCUUUCCCACCGGACGUGGAAGUCUACUACUCGUGGGGAAAGCCAGACUAUCAAUACCCACAAUACAUCCACCGAUCAGGCUGUCUCCUCGCCCAGAUCUCCGACGAAGGCGACCUUAUAUUCCUCGCCAACCGUUUAUUCAGCACUAAGAGCGCAGCGGGUCGAGAUACUAGCCAUCACAAAUUCGACCGCAGCGAGCGCAGCGACUUCCACCGUGCUCGGGCAAACACAUACACCUACGACCCCAUGUUCUCACCCCGUCUGUCCCCAAUCAUCCGCCCCAUCGCCGGAGGCGUUGGCGGUAGUGGCGGUGUUGGUGGUAUAGGAGACUCGCUACCACCCAUACACAACAUCCCCGCUCUAACCCUCAACUCAUCACCGACCUCCUCCCUCGACGCCGCGAAUCUCUACAAAACGCCCGAACAGCUGAAAACCCAAGUCGAGGAAUUCUGCAACGACCCAAUUCGUCUCCAGCACUUUUAUACGGAGGAACAACACGUCAUCCGUCCAGUGUCAACGCGCAUGGGGCCAACUACCGUGCUACCACCGCCCUCUGCAUCAACUUCAAGCUCCGCAAUGGACGCCUCAAUACCAUCGUUAGAGCUUCCGGCGAGUCUAGUCGGUCCGCAUAUUCCGCCGCCAGCGGCAGAUUCGGAGAUUGAGGGUUCAAAGUCGCUGGUGGGGAUGUCAUCUGCUGAGCAGCAUAGCAGACCGGUGUCAUCAUCGGUUGGGGAGGAGAAGGAAGAGGGGAGUCAAGCUGAUAAUCGGAGCCCGAGUGUGAAGAGCGGGGGGCUGAAUCCCGUGAAGUGAUCUACUAAUGCAUACAUAUACAUAUAUUCUAAGUGUCUUCUGGAAAUGGGAAAUAAAAAAACACUGAUACCCGAUUCUUCUUUUUGUUGUUCAAAACCUCGAUGAUUGGCAGGAUUGUUAUUUGCUGUUGUAGUUUCUGUCCUCAAUCUAUGUACUAUUAUACAAGCACUUGGCAAAUCCACAACUCGAUGCAUUUUACAAUUUUACUUAUUGGUAUAUGAAGCCUCCU